AUGAUCUCAACUCCCCCUCUCACCCCUCAAGCGAUCGAUCUUCCCACAGACAUACUGCUCAAUCAUGUCACUCGUCGUCCUAGAGGACGACCACCCCGUCAAUAUCUCCCUUCUCCACUCUCAACGCCUUUACAACUGGAUGGUUUGGCAUCAACAACGUGUGAAUAUGCCAUCUCAGAACCUAUUCGUCCUUCAACCCAAGCAAUAACCUACACAGAGAGCAUCCGCUUGGAAGAAAAUAUCAAAGAUGACAAUUAUGAUUGGUAUAAAGAGCUAUUCGACGAUCAAGGACACUACCUUGUUGGAGAGAUUGCUUCCAACGCUCAUAUUCAUACUUCUUCAACCCGGACUGAAGAAGAAUACUACACCCAUUCGACCGAUACAACGCCUGGUGUCUUAAUCACUACAAAUGAUUUCCUCAACCCUUUAAAGAACAAAUUCGAACCUGGAGAUGGUUAUGAGACAGUCACCAGAAGUAUAGAUAACCUUCCUCAAUUCUUCGACGCACUUAAACAUGAUUACAAAGUUAAACGACAUUCGAUCGGCGCAUGCGCACAAGUACAAUGGCUAGAUCCUCCUGGAUUAAUUCCGUCAGACAUACGUUCACGGCGCUUCAAGAUCAACGUCCGGUCUACCUAUGAUGGAAGUCGUCACAAAGAUCGGGUGAUAUGGCGCUCAGUAUUCAUCUGCAAUGGCUCAUGCUGUGUCGUUGAUUCGGACCCAGAAGGAACUCUUCCAAACUCCACAGAAGAGAUGUUUAUCCAAUUCGCCAACACUGCAGUCGAACAGAAGAAUGAUACACCUUCCUCCCCACCUUCCUCGGAUAUUACCCAUCAAACGUCGACUGGGAGACUUCGAUGCAAAGCCAAUUUGAUUGUUGAAAUUACUGUCGACCAAGCACUACAUGGACAGUGCUCAAUAACAAUGCUUGCCCAGGACAGUCAUCGUCCACCUAAACAUCUCUUGUCACUCAAUGUGUCCCCAAAGAUUCGAAGCUAUCUUCAUGAAGCUGCUUUAAACUUAGGAAUGACUGAAACACGUCUUCAAAGUUGGUUCAACACCUCACCUUUGAAAACCGACACUUAUACCGAAUGGGUUGCACGUUGGGUUCCGCAUCGUCUUCCUCGCUCAAAAGAGUUCCGAACAGCUAUACAAGUAGCCUUGAGAAGAGAUCGACUGGAUAAGGAACCUCUAGCGGCUAUCCAGAUCAUUGCUGAUAGAAAGCCCCAGGAAUUGUUAUAG